GUUUUCUCAUCACGCCGGGUUCUGCGGACUGUUUACCAAGGGAUUCCAGUCCGAUCAAAAGCCUGAACACUCGCAGUCUCGUCCACCAUUUCUUGUAAAGAAUUAUUAAACGAUAUAACGAGCCUUGAGAGGAAAAUACACCUUUCCAUCAUUAUCCGAAACUCCAUAUCAAUAAGUCAUGUCGCGGAUAUCUGUAGACGAUGAUCCUCCCCCGUACACGCCUACCACCAAAUCGCCGAGUUCUCCAUCCACGGCACAGUCACAUGCUGCAUCUCAUGCUCUGCCAUUUGACAGUGGCUCCUCCUCUAUGGCUCCAACGGAACGUCAGCUUGAAUAUCCGACCCCAGUGAGCCUGGAUAAGUCACACCAAAGCAAAGGGCUCGGAUUUGGCCCUCCAUCCACAUCGCUGGACGGGUCAGUGCCGCAUUCUUAUUUAUCACCAGUGCCCGAGCGAUUGAGAGCCAUUCGAAGCAGAGACAGCUUCAGCUCAAUACCACCCGACUCCGACUACGUGUUAAACCACAUACCAGGGCGACACUAUUCACCAAACUUACUCUAUUGCCCACAUUGCCACCGAAUGAUUGAACCAAUUAGAAAAGGCCGUCCAUCAGCAUCGACUCAUCUCAAAGCCCUGGCCCUUUUUUUCACCACUGUCUGUGGCGUUGCAUUGCCGUACAUUUAUCACUGGUCAUAUGAUUUAAAUCAGUGUUGUGAAUUUUGUGGCGAGGUUGUUCAGCGUCGACGACAUUAAUGAAGUUGGCAUCAGGCUCGUGUCCAGACGGUAAAUGGUAAAGGAACGGACAUGCAAUGGUAUUCAAAUUACGGGUCAAGAUUUACAGAGUCUUUAAUUUACAAUAAGUCAUAAUAUUGGUGAAUAGUAACAUCUUGAAUACCUCGAGUCACGGCCGUAUAGAACUGGAAACCAUGUCGACUCGAGAAUUG